UUUUUUUUUGCCGCAUGACCCUGUCUCCUCAUCUGCUCCUCUGCCCACUCCUUGUCAUAACUGUCUAUGUGCCCUCGCUGGCUGACGUCACGUACACGAAUUCAUUUGCCGUGGAGGAAUUCUUGGGUUGCUCUCCCCGUGAGCCGAGGCGACAAAAACCAAAAAGUAUUCUCAUUUGCAAAAUCCAGGAUGUCGUGGGAAACCAUAAGCAAAGAAGCCCAGGCUAGGGUGCUGGAGUCUAUUCCCGAGCGAUGGAGGCUGGAUCCCCAGAAAUACGGGUCGCUCAAGGAUGUGACGAGCGUGCCGUAUACCAGCGGUAUCCUGACCCCAGAGCAACUCAGGAUUACCGAGCUCACUGUUGUCGAGAUUGUGAAGCAUCUGGAGUCUCGUGAAUUGAAGGCAGUCCAGAUUCUAGAAGCUUUUGCUGCUCGGACUGCCAUUGCGCAUCAGCUGGUCAACUGCCUAACCGAUUGGUUCUAUGAAGAUGGGCUUCAACAGGCAAAAGACCUGGAUAUGGCCCUGGACAAAGGGGGCAAGUUGCAAGGGCCGUUACAUGGAGUUCCGAUCGCGUUAAAGGAUUCCCAUGAACUUAAAGGCCAUGCUGUCACAAUGGGCUACGUCUCAAGGAGGGAUAAUAUAGCCAAGGACGAUUCUAACAUCGUGAAGACGUUGCGCGCUGCUGGUGCGGUCUUUUUCUGCAAGACCACCAUGCCUCAGUCUGGAAUGGCUUUGGAGACGGUCAGCAAUCUCUGGGGCCGCACAGUAAACCCAUUUAAUAGAGAACUGGGCGCCGGUGGAAGUUCCGGUGGAGAUGCGACGCUGGUGGCCUUAAGAGGUAGCCCCAUCGCUCCUUCAACGGAUAUGGGAGGGUCUAUCCGCGUACCUGCCGCUUUCAACGGACUAUAUGCCAUUCGGCCUACGUCGGAUCGCAUUCCCAAGGGUGGGAUGACCAAUACCAACACCGGGAAUCUCACAAUUAAGUUGUCUUGCGGACCUGUCUGCCACUCGCUUGACGACCUCGAAUUGUUCACUCGGAUCAUCAACGCGCACGCGCUCAACCAGUACGAUUCCACUGCUGUUCCUGUACCCUGGAGAAAGCUGGAUGCUCUGGAUCGCCAGCUCACGAUCGGAGUAUUGAAGUGGGAUGGUGUCGUAAUGCCUCACCCACCGGUACUUCGAGCAUUGGAACACACCGAGCACACACUGGAGAAAGCCGGACAUGAAGUUAUUACGUUCGACAUACCUUUUGAUUGCUGGGAUAUAAAGAAAACUACGUUCGAUAUCUACUACCAGUCAGGCUCUGCUGGGACGAUGUCCACGCUAGCAGCCUCGGGAGAGCCUACUAUACCAGCAUUUGCUGACCUGCUCAAAGUCUUCAACACCCAAGAACACUCCGCUGCAGAGGCAUUGAGGUUCAAUCUCAAAACAAGAUCCCUCAAAGAGCAAUUUGCAGAUGUAUGGAACAACACCGCCAAUCGCACAAGCUCCGGUCGUGCAAUUGACGCACUAAUAUUACCCCCAGCUCCCGCACUGGGCUACCCUCAUGAUUUUAACAUCUACUGGGGAUAUACGUCGCUGUUUAACCUUCUCGACUACCCUUCCGUGAUCUUGCCAGUGGCCAACUUCAAGGUGGAUCCACAGUUAGACCCCGUGGAUGCCAAUUAUCGACCAGUAGAAACAAAUCCCUAUGAUAAGCCAAAUCAUGAGUUGUAUGACCCGAACCUGUUCGUGAACCAACCAUCUACUAUUCAGAUCGUUGGACGUCCUUUUGAGGACGAAGAAACUAUACAAGUAGCCUCAGUUAUAGACGCGCUAUUUAAGGCUCCAUAGGUUACAUGGACUUAGCGAUUAUGGAUGUCAAGUUCGCCGAAUCCGAAACCCUUGUUGAUGCUAGUGAACGCAUUAGGAUAUCAGGCAUGUACCCCCUAGCUAGGUCCGCUGUUGAAUUAGUCAACAGUAUUACCACACAUGUAAUGCCAUAUGCCAGGACCUUUUCUAUAUCCUAUAGCGAAAGUGUUUGUUCUCUUUAUCAGUCAUAUCUUGAUAACCCUCCAAUAAAUUCUCCUGGACUGCCAC